GAGGAGACUUCUACAAUAUUUGUAUUUCGGAUCCAACCUAACCCGGUCCGGAUCGACCCGAAGCAAAACGGUCAAAAUCAGCAGAAACACGUCUUAGGCUCAGAGUCGAUUCAUUUGACGCUUUCUUUUCUUCGUCUUCUCGAACUGAUUUUCGAUUUUGUCUCUCACGUGUGAUCGAUCCUUCCUCUCCCUGCCUAUUUGUAGAUAUAUGUAUAGGAUUCGGCUUUUGUUUGGUAUCUAGCUGGUUUCGUACUGUAUAGAGAGCUAAAAACAUUACUGCAAAAUGGCUUCAAGAGCACUUCUCCGAAAAAGAAAGUGCCUCGUUCAAUCUCUCAGUGAACAUUUUCAAACAAUCCAAUGUCUUUCAAGCGUUGAGCGGUUGGGGCUGAGUUCUGGUUCAGGUUAUAUAUCUAGGAAAUUUGAUUUCAAAGAUGAAAAGUUGCUUUCUUUUCUCAAGAAAAAAGAAUCAAUCGAAUCGUCAGGGUUGUUACCUCAGUCUCCGAGUUUUAGUAAUGGAGUUCGAAGGUUAGAAUUCCCUUACCCCUUGGGGUAUAGAUUGGUUAGGCAAUCUAUGUUGUCUUCCUUGGCGACGGCGAACAAGCCUGACCAUGAUAAAAAUGGUGAAGACGAGAAGCUUACUUCACAAACCAAAGAAGCUUCUCCAGAGCAGUGUGAUGAAGCAGUCGAGGGGUUGAGUUUGGCUAAAGCCAAAGCUAAAGCGAUGAAAUUGGAAGAGUCACAAAAAUCUGAUGUAUCCAUCAUGCAACGUGUGCGAUCGUUUCUUCUUGGGAUAGGUCCUGCUUUGAGAGCUAUUGCAUCUAUGAGCAGGGAAGAUUGGGCCAAGAAGCUUCGCCAUUGGAAAGAUGAGUUUAAAUCGACUCUGCAACACUACUGGCUAGGGACAAAGUUGCUAUGGGCUGAUGUAAGGAUAAGUGUGAGGCUGCUUGUUAAACUUGCUAAUGGGAAAGGUCUCUCUAGGAGGGAACGUCAGCAACUCACUCGAACGACUGCCGAUAUUUUUAGAUUAGUCCCUGUCGCUGUUUUCAUUAUCGUCCCGUUCAUGGAGUUCUUGCUACCUGUAGCUCUUAAGCUGUUUCCAAACAUGCUGCCUUCAACUUUCCAGGACAAGAUGAAAGAAGAGGAGGCACUAAAAAGAAGGCUGAAUGCAAGAAUGGAGUAUGCAAAGUUUCUCCAAGAUACUGUUAAAGAAAUGGCAAAGGAAGUCCAAAUCUCGCGCAGUGGAGAUAUAAAAAAGACGGCAGAAGAUCUAGAUGGAUUCAUGAAUAAGGUUAGAAGAGGAGUCGGUGUUUCAAAUGAUGAAAUUUUGGGCUUUGCAAAGCUAUUCAAUGAUGAGCUUACAUUGGACAACAUUAACAGGUCUCGAUUGGUAAAUAUGUGCAAAUACAUGGGUAUUAGCCCAUUUGGAACUGAUGCAUAUUUACGUUAUAUGCUUCGGAAAAGAUUACAGGAGAUUAAAAAAGAUGAUAAGUUGAUCAAGGCUGAGGGUGUGGAGUCUCUCUCAGAAGCUGAACUACGCCAAGCUUGCAGAUACAGAGGAAUGCUUCAAUUAGGUUCAGUUGAAGAAAUGAGACAGCAGUUAGUUGACUGGCUGGAUUUGUCGCUCAACCAUUCAGUACCGUCAUCCCUCUUAAUUCUCUCUAGAUCAUUCUCGAUGGCCGGGAAACUCAAGCCAGAAGAGGCUGUUCAAGCUACUCUCUCCUCUCUUCCAGAUGAGGUUGUGGACACAGUUGGGGUUACAGCUCUGUCAUCAGAAGAUUCUGUAUCAGAAAGGAAGAGGAAGUUAGAAUACCUAGAGAUGCAAGAAGAAUUAAUCAAGGAGGAGGAGGAAGAAGAAGAGGAGGAAAUGGCAAAGAUGAAGGAGUCAGCUGCAAGCCAAAAAGAUGUAGCUUUGGAUGAAAUGCUGGCUUCUACAGCUAAAGAUGCUAAUGAACAAGCGAAAGCGAAAACUCUUGAGAAACAUGAGCAGCUCUGUGAGCUAAGCCGUGCAUUGGCUGUUUUAGCUUCCGCAUCUUCUGUUAGCAUGGAGCGUGAAGAGUUCCUCAAAUUAGUUAAAAAAGAGGUAGAUUUAUACAACAGCAUGGUAGAGAAAGGUGGCACAGAUGAUGAAGAAGAAGCUAGGAAAGCUUAUUUAGCUGCUCGAGAAGAUAGUGACCGAAGUGCUCAGAAAGCUAUCGCUGAUAAAACUUCUUCUGCACUAUUAGAUAGGGUGGAGACAAUGCUCCAGAAGCUCGAAAAGGAAAUUGAUGAUGUCGAUAACAAGAUUGGUAACCGCUGGAGACUCUUGGACAGAGAUUAUGAUGGAAAGGUAAGUCCAGAUGAGGUUGUAUCGGCUGCUAUGUACCUUAAGGACACAUUAGGCAAAGAGGGUAUCCAAGAACUUAUACAGAAUCUUUCUAAAGAUAAAGAUGGCAAAAUAUUGGUGGAAGAUUUGGUGAAGUUAGCGAGUGAGAUUGAAGAUGCUGAAGCUGAUGAGGCGAAUGAGCCAACUAAGUCUUGAGAUUGUUUGUCAUUACUUUCAUGAUUCAUAUUUCUUUUCACUAGAAACGGAAAAAAAAAAAAAAUCAAAUAAAGGCUAUCGUAAUAAGUUUUUUUGACAUAUUUUUUGUUUUCGACAUUACUGGUUUCUUCAAUAAGUUUUUAGAUCUUCUUUAUUGGUAAUACUACGAAACAAUAUGAAAUAUAUUACCAAUUAACGAGCGUCUUAAACA